GAGAAGGUCGGACUGAUCGAAGAUCAUAUAGCUGAAAACAGUUCAAAUAAAGUCCAACAUUGUAAAUAUUGAUUGUAUAUUUUGGUAUAUAUACUGAAGAUAAGUAUACAAUGUCUGAAUUAACAGAAGUUGAGAAUAAUAAAAUUUUUGGAGGAUGGCAGAAAGUAUAUACACACAACAGUACCGAAUUAGGAUGCAAGAUGAGAUUUGCUGUUUAUAUACCAUUUCAAUCUGAAAAGGAACCAUUACCAGUUAUCUACUGGUUAUCUGGUCUCACUUGUACCGAGGCUAAUUUUAGUCAGAAAGCUGGAGCACAAAAAUAUGCUGCAAAUUAUGGUGUACUUCUUGUCAUACCUGAUACUAGUCCAAGAGGAUUGAAUAUUUCUGGAGAGGAUGACAGUUAUGACUUUGGUACUGGCGCAGGGUUCUAUGUAGAUGCGACAAAUGAACCAUGGAAAAAAAACUACAGAAUGUAUAGCUACAUUACAAAAGAAUUGCCAACUUUGAUUAAUAAAGAAUUUCCAGUUUUGUCAUCUAAACAGUCUAUAAUGGGCCAUAGCAUGGGAGGACAUGGCGCUUUAAUUUGUGCUUUUAAAAACCCAGGACAAUUCAAGGCAGUUUCAGCUUUUGCACCCAUAAGCAAUCCAAUCUCAUGUCCAUGGGGGAAAAAAGCCUUCUCAGGAUAUUUAGGAGGAUCAGAAGACAAUGAUACAUGGAAGGAAUGGGAUGCUACUGAACUAGCAAACAAAUACAAUGGCCCACCUUUGGAUAUUUUAAUCGAUCAGGGCAAGGAUGAUAAGUUUCUGAAAGAAGGCCAAUUAUUACCAGAGAAUCUACUAAAUGCUGCAAAAGAUAAGGAUAACAUUGCACUAACUAUCAGAUUUCAAGAUGGUUAUGAUCAUAGCUAUUACUUUAUCGCUACAUUUAUUGAAGAUCACUUUAAGCAUCAUAUGAAAUAUCUUAAAAAUUAAGUUUGUAUCCAAAAUUACUGUU